AUGACUGUGACUGAAUAUGCUACCAAGUUUGACAGGCUGGCCAAGUUUGCUUCUGAUGAAGUGGCCAGUGAUGCUACAAGAAAAGCUAAGUUCAUCAGAGGUCUUGAAGAGUAUAUUGCUAGAGAUAGUACUCAAAGGAAGGACGUGUGGAAGACCUCUUCUGGUACUGAAGUAAGUAAAAGCUUUAGCCCCAGUGAUCGAAAGAGGAAACCAGAUGGACCACCGGUUGUGGGUCCAAACAGAAAGUUUCUAGGUAAUCAGGGUUUCUGUCGAGGCAGAAAUAAGGUUUGGCAGCCUUACCUUGAAUUCUCGAAAUGCAAGAGACACCACUUGGGUGAAUGUCGGUCUAGAGUUUGCUACCCAUAUGGAGUAGCAGGCCAUUUCAUGAACAACUACCCACAGCCACAGAAGUCUGAGGCUAAUAAAGAGAUUCCUAUGGUUUCUGCUAGGGUGUUUUCUUUGACCCAAGCAGAUGCUGAGGCUGACCCUUCAACUGUUACAGGUGAGAUAUCUAUUGGUGGUAUUAUGUUUACUAUUUUGGUUGAUUCUGGUGCCACACAUUCAUACAUUUCUAGUAGAAUCAUUGAGAAAUUGGGUAGACCAUGUGAUAUCAUGUCUUAUGAAUUUGGUACCUUAUUACCUACUAGAGAAGUGGUAAUCUCCAAGAGAUGGGUAAGGUCUCUCCUAGUGUUAGUAGAAGGGAGGGAACUGUUAGUGGAUCUAAUUGAAUUAGAUUUAGAAGAUUUUGAUGUAAUCCUGGGAAUGGAUUGGUUGACUAAGUACAAUGCUACCAUAGAUGGUAAGAGGAAGAUGGUGACUUUUGAACCAAAGGGUGAGACCCCAUUUGUUUUUAUGGGAAAGGUUCAGGGAUCACGGAUUCCAAUGAUAUCGGCACUUAGGACCAGUGAGUUAUUGCAAGAAGGAUGUAUGGGGUACCUGGCUAGUGUGUUGGAUACCACAAAAGAUAUACUUAAGGGAUCGGAAAAGGUUUGA